AUGCAUGCGACAGCGGUGGAGGGACCAUGGCAGCAAGUAACGAUGGAUCUAAUAGGCCCCCUGCCGAGAUCGACAAACGGCAAUACAUGGGUACUAAUGAUGCAAGAUCGCUUUUCGAAAUGGUUAGAAAUGCGCCCGCUACGGAAAGCCACGGCAAACGCAGUCACACAAGCUCUGACCGAAAACAUUAUUUACCGACACGGGUGCUCCCGAACACUAGUCUUAGACAAUUGGAAGCAACUCACGUCACAACAAUUAAGGAAAACCCUGGAAUCGUUCAGGAUCCACCACAGGAUCACACCAAUACACGCCCCCCACUGUAAUCCGGUCGAAAGAACAAACAGAGUAGUAAAGACCAUGGUGUCGCAAUAUGUUGGAACAAAACCAUCGAAAGUGGGAUGCACACCUGGUAGAGCUACAAUUCACAUACAAUACGGCCAUACAGGAAUCAACAGGGAGGCUUACGAGGUGGUAAAAAUUAAUUUGGCGAGAGCAUUCCAGUGUCAAGAGAAACAUUAUAAUCUGCGGCGACGAGACUGGAAACCAAAAAUCGGCGAGGAAGUGUGGAAAAAGGAAUACCCUCUGUCCAACAAGACUAAAGCAUUUAAUGCAAAACUAGCACCGAGAUACGUAGGACCGCUGGAGGUGAAGAAGAUAAUAUCUCCAGUCAUAGUACACCUGAAAAAUAAACAAGGGAAAUGGUACAAGAACAUACACAUACAGGAUCUAAAACCGACAAACAAUAACAACAACGGAGGAAAGGACGAGGAGACAGAACAGGGAAAAGGAGUAUAA